AUGUCUGCUUCUACCUUCACUUCUCUCGAUUCCAGUCCUACUUUUGCGACAACCCUUCCGAGCGCCAUGUCGGCAGCGGUACAAACAACCAUUUUGAGCGCAACAUUAGUGGUAAACUUUCUUGGCAACAUCUGUGUCUGCCUGGCUGUUUAUCAUGUGCGAUCUCUCCGUCAAAAACCGAAUAGUUCUGUCCUUGUUAGUUUAGCAGUGUCCGACUUCUCUCUGUUAUCAUUCCUUGUGUUUCGUUUGAUAUGGCUGUACGAACAUGAAGCCGCGUGUAAAGUGAGUGAGUACUUUUUGGGGCUGUUAUCCAUACUGUUGUAUGUCAGUAUUACUCACAUCUGUCUCCUCAGCUGCGAUCGCUACGCGGCGAUAUUGUAUCCCUUGAGGUACUCAGCCAUCGUCACCAAAAAGCGCGUCAGCCGUGCGUUGUUUGCAGCUUGGUUUGCCCCGGUGUUAUCUAUUACAGUCACAAAUUGGACUCAUGACAAUUCCAAUCGUUCUGAUUUCUGGAGAAGCAUUAUUGGCUGUUCGCAGAAUUUUGAUAAGCCUUCCUUGGAGCAUACUUGUCAUAUUGCGUUCAAUAUUACCUUCUUCGUUGGUAUCCCUUUUGCAGUGAUUUUAUUCGUGUACGGUCGUCUGGCUAAGAUCUCGUGGUCUCAGAACAACAGAGUCGAACCCGGUGAAAACCUGAAUCUCGAAGCAGCUGAAAUGAAGAGGAAAAAGAAAAAAGAAAUGAAGUGGAUGCGAACCAUAGCGAUGGUAGUUGGUGCGUUUACAUUCUGCUAUCUCCCGGGAGUCAUUUGUUUGUUAAUCACAGCAACAAUUGGUCCCAGUCGAGUUCCCAACGAAGUUAUGUCGGCCGUUGUUGUGAUGGUUGUCAUCAACAGCGCUCUGAACCCGAUUAUCUACAUGAUCAGAUCCAACGAAUUUCAACGUGGUUUCAAGAGAAUUUUCCAAUUUCCCUCGCUCACACGCAAUACUACUCUCAACACAAUCUCCAUUCCCAUUGGUGGGAACCGAUGA